CAUGGCGGAACUGCGCGAGACGCCGGAAACGGAAUGACGUAGACGCGGCGCGGGAAGGGGACGGAUUGGACUGUACCAAAUUCGGAAAAAGAUUGUCCGCUUGCACUCUAGUUCUCCUAUGACCCUCUCUAUGGUUCCAUUGGAAAUAUUCAGGACUUGUGAGUCUUUAAAAGUUGAAUCUGAUGGUUGCUCCAGGACAUACAUGUCUUUACCACCUUUUCCAAAGUAACAAAGUUUUUUAGUUUAUUCCAGUAGCUAGGCGACUGUAAGCCGGAAACGGAAAUGCCUUGCCAUACAACUUCCGGAAAGGGCCGUCAUGGCUGCCAAAGAGGAGGUGCUCGCUUUGCAGGCUGAAGUUGCGCAGCGUGAGGCGGAGCUGAGUUCCCUGAAGCAGAGGCUGGCGGCUGCUCUAUUAGCGGAGCCGGGGCCAGAGCGGCUGGCUCCGGUGUCGCCCCUGCCACCGAAGGCCGCCCUGUCCCGAGAUGAAAUUCUGCGGUAUAGCCGGCAGCUGGUGCUGCCUGAGCUAGGCGUGCACGGUCAGCUGCGCCUGGCGACCGCGUCCGUGCUGGUCGUGGGCUGCGGUGGCCUCGGAUGCCCACUUGCGCAAUACCUGGCAGCGGCCGGUGUAGGCCGCCUGGGCCUUGUGGACUACGACGUAGUGGAAAUGAGCAACUUGGCUCGCCAAGUACUGCAUGGGGAGGCUUUGGCUGGCCAGGCCAAAGUCUUUUCGGCCGCCGCCUCGCUGCGCCGCCUCAAUUCCGCGGUGGAGUGCGUGCCUUAUGCUCAGGCGCUUACGCCUGCCACCGCGCUAGACCUAGUCCGCCGCUUUGACGUGGUGGCCGACUGCUCUGACAACGUGCCCACUCGCUACCUGGUUAACGACGCCUGUGUGCUAGCCGGCCGGCCUCUCGUGUCGGCCAGCGCCCUGCGCUUCGAGGGCCAAAUCACAGUCUACCACUAUGAUGGCGGGCCUUGCUAUCGCUGCGUAUUCCCCCAACCACCUCCAGCGGAGACUGUAACCAACUGUGCCGAUGGCGGGGUACUCGGUGUCGUAACUGGGGUGUUGGGUUGCUUGCAGGCGCUAGAAGUGUUGAAGAUCGCUGCGGGUUUGGGCCCCUCUUACAGUGGGAGCCUGUUGCUCUUUGAUGCUCUCAGAGGACAUUUCCGCUGUAUUCAGCUGCGGAGCCGCAGGCCGAACUGUGCUGCUUGCGGGGAGCGACCCAGUGUAACUGAGCUGCAAGACUACGAAGCCUUUUGUGGCUCCUCAGCCACUGAUAAGUGCCGCUCCCUGCAGUUGCUGAGCCCAGAGGAGCGAGUUUCUGUCACCGACUAUAAGCAACUUCUGGAUUCUGGGUCACCUCACCUGUUGCUGGAUGUCAGGCCUCAAGUGGAAGUGGACAUAUGUCGUUUGCCUCAUGCCCUACACAUCCCUUUGAAACAUUUGGAACGUAAGGAUGCGGAGAGCCUGAAACUUUUAGGAGAAGCAAUCCAGGAAGGGAAGCAGGGUACGCAGGAAGCGAUGGCUCUCCCAAUUUAUGUGAUUUGCAAACUGGGCAAUGAUUCCCAGAAAGCCGUGAAGAUCCUGCAGUCCUUGACAGCAGUUCAAGAAUUAGACUCUUUAGCUGUUCAGGAUGUUGUGGGGGGCCUCAUGGCCUGGGCUGCCAAAAUUGAUGGAACAUUUCCACAGUACUGAGGUGGCUGGUAGUCUGACCUUGGAAAGAUGUGGAUUGCCAAGCUACCCUAACAAUACAUUUAUUUGCGUUUUUUCUGUAUUGUAUGAAUCAGCCUGGGAUUCUCCAAUAUGUGUGAAUGCAAGGACUCAUUUUUAUAAGGGGCUUUUAAAAUUGUAACAUGGGGUGACCUAAUUGUGUUACUGUUUUAACAGCUGUCCACGUUUUCAGCGUUUGGAGGGUGUCUUGAACGUGUGAAAUAAAACAUGACAAGGUUUUGUGUUGAACUGCA